AGAAGAUGAUGAAGAGCUGAUGUGGGGGAGGACUCUUUUGUGACGAUGCACUCCAUGACCAUUAGUAGCGAUAGAAUGAAUCCCAGUUCGGACGAUGUCGGCACUGUGCAGUGCAUGGGUUUCAGUAGGAGUAGCUGAGACCUAUCGGUCUGGUCUGUCUCUCAGCUCGGGAUGAAGAUGAUGAAGAGCUGAAUGUGGGGAGGACUCACUGGUGACGGUUUCAACUAUCAAAGCAGUGAGUACACAAAACGCGAGGAGGAGAGCAAUGGGAAACUCUUGUUUUUGUACAAGCUUCUGGGGAGAACAAGAUUACAGGGACAGCUCCUCGUGCACUGCAGGUGAUACAUGGCGGUCCGGUCGUCGAUCAGUUAUCGCGGGCAGGCAUGAGCGUAAAUGCUUGCGACCAUGAAUUGACUCAGUGAAGACGACGAUCAUGAACAAUGACAACAAUAAUUCUCGCGUCCGUGGAUAAAAAAGGGGACCGCCUCGACUUCACUGCCAGGGGACUCUUCUGCCUGGACAACCAGAAAUUGAAUACAUGGUCCGAUUUUUUUUUUUUAUGUGGACUUGGUUUUUAGUGUUUGAUCGGACACAAAAAAGAGGCAAAGAUAUGAUUUUUAUCUCCCCGCCACUGGCAAAAGCAAACAGUAGACUCUUCAUCUAUCAAGAGUCGUAUCUGUGUAUUGUCAACAUCUCCAGUGCGGGGGCGGAGGGGCUCAAAGUGAAUACUAAGAUUGUGACAAUUCGCUGUGAAUACCCUCCAUCACGAAAUCACUUUCCAUGGCCGAUAACCACUCUGCUGAUGAGCCCCUGCUGCUGAACCUUACCGAUGCCGAGAAUGAGAAUCCGCCUCGUUCCGCCUUUGCCACCGCGAUCAUCAAAUGGGUUCUCGGCGUCGCCAUGUGGCUCGUUCUCGGUUUAUGGGUCGCGGUUUUUUUUAUUUUCCCUUCGGAUGCCGGGACUGAGCUCUUGGAGAGUUGGACCAGCGCGACCAGCGGAAGCAUAUAUGGAACUACAGGGAGCAUAUUCUUGCUGUGUAGCGGUCCGAUUCUCGUCAUCGUGUUUCUUGCCAUAGCAAGUCUUAUGGUUGAUGGGAAGAAAGCGCUCCAAUUGAAGACGAGUAGCAAAUACCCAAGGAUUCGAUUGCGGACAUUUCCCAUCCUGGCUGAUGGACCAUUUGGAGUAGUCUCAGCAGCUGAGUUUAUUGGGAUUUGCCUCUUUGUAGCGUUCGCUAUUUGGGCUUUAUAUGCUUAUACCAUGCAGAAUCUCAACGUGUUGUCGGAGCUCUCGUUAUCUUCGGAAGGGAAAUGGAUUUUGAUGCUUAUACUUACCGGACUUCGCUUUGCUUCGAUCGGGAUAUACUGCUUGGCAUUUCUCUUCCUCCCAAUUUCUAGGGGAUCUGUUCUUCUUAGUAUCAUAGAUAUCCCCUUUGAGCAAGCAACCCGGUAUCAUGUCUGGCUUGGAAAUCUCACAUUGCUCUUCUUCACUCUCCAUGGGCUAUGCUUCAUAAUUGCAUGGGCGCUGGAAGGUCGACUGCUAGAUGAAAUACUGCAGUGGAAGGAUGAAGGUAUUGCCAUUCUACCCGGGGUUAUCAGCCUUUUGGCUGGUCUACUGAUGUGGGUGACCACGUUGCCUCCGGUGAGGAAGAAGAACUUCGAGUUAUUCUUCUAUACACACCAACUCUAUGUUGUCUUCGUCAUCUUUCUGGCUCUGCAUGUCGGAGAUUUUAUCUUUAGUAUAGCUGCUGGAGGGAUUUUCCUCUUCGUGAUCGACCGGUUUCUCAGAUUCUGCCAAUCGCGAAGGACUGUGGAUGUAAUUUCCGCAACGUGCCUCCCUGGCGGAAGUAUAGAAUUGGUCUUCUCAAAGCCAGCAAAUCUGCGGUACACUGCCCUGAGCUUCAUCUUCCUUCAGAUUAGGGAAUUGUCUUGCCUUCAAUGGCAUCCUUUCAGUGUUUCUUCUAGUCCUCUGGCUGGAAGGAAACGUAUCUGUGUCCUCAUAAAGGUCUUAGGGGAAUGGACCUCGAACUUGAAGAGCAAGGUAUUGCAUAUGUCCAGCACAGAAGGAGAAAACGGCCUCCGCAGCCAAUCUCGUUCCAAAAUUACAGCUUCUGUCGAAGGGCCUUACGGGCAUGAAAUCCCUUACCAUCUGAUGUAUGAAAAUCUCAUUCUGGUAGCUGGAGGCAGUGGGAUAUCCCCCUUUUUGGCCGUCUUGAGUGACAUACUCCAUCUUACAAAUCAAGGGAAACCAUGCUUGCCAAAGAAUGUCUUGGUGAUUUGGGCCAUAAGAAAAUCCAAUGAGCUUCAUCUGCUUUCCACUCUGGAUACGGAGUCGACCUGUCCUAACUUUUCUGAUAAGCUGGACCUCGAAGUUCGUGUCUACGUCACUAGGGAAUCGGAUCCUCCACUGGAAGAAGGUAACAUUGAUGAGGGCAUUAGCACUUCCAUGUCUCCUCCAUCCAGGGGAAGCGGCAUGUCCGUUCUAGUUGGUACGGGAAACCGCGCGUGGUCCGGAGCUUAUGCCAUCUCGUCCAUUGUUGGAUUUGCCGUAUCGAUGGCCCUGCUGGACAUCUUCUACAUAAACCCUUUGAAUAUAGUCUCAUGGUGGUACAAAGGCCUCUUGCUUGUAGGAUGCAUGAUUGGCAGUGUAAUUAUAUUUGGAGGUCCUGUCAUCUAUUCAUGGCAUCGCUGGGAAAAAAGAGCCGUAGCUGCAGAGGAAGUCGAGGAUGGCGAGAACGAUGACAAGUCGCAGCAGAGUGCACAUUCCAAUACAAUGCAGGACAACAUAGUCCCAAAAGAUCACGCUUUGUCAUGGACUACGCAUUACGGCGCUAGACCAAACUUUGAAGAAAUCUUCAUGUCCGUGUCUGAGCGCUGGGGCAAUGUCGAUAUUGGCGUGAUCGUGUCCGGUCCCGCAACUCUUCGCCGAGCGUUGCCAAGCAAAGGUGCAGGUCACAGUAACUUGAGGAGGCGAGCACUUCACCCAGUCUUCCAUUACAACAGCCACAGUUUCGAUCUGUAGCUACCCUGUCAAUGGCUGUUCAAUCUCAUCCGUGCCAAGCAUGUGACAGAUCCAAUCCACGAGCAUCGAUCAGCCUAGAGUACUCAUGAUAUAGUAUCCUAAUCAACAAUCAUAUAGGAUCGGAAUAUCUUUGUAAUGUGACGCGACGCAGUAUUACGAUGCCUGGUUGGAUGAUUAGUGUACUCUGAAUCUAAAAUGUGAGACACCCAGGUAUAUGCAAGUGGACAUUGUUUCACUGAUACAUAUUAAUGAACUGAAUAUUAUUAGGA